GUCUGAUUUCUGUCCCUGCCCUCGAGCUUACAAGGAAGGAAUAGGAAGUAGUUUAUAAAGAAAUGUACAGAGAAUACAACUGCUUCAAUGUAUUAAGCACCUGCUGCAGGACAUAGAACAGCACUCAAAAUAGGUUUGUCUCCAUUUUACAGAUGAGGAAACAGGCUGCGAUAAAAUUUUGUUCAAAGUAUAAUACAGGGGUAUUUCCAUUUUAACAGGGAACAAUCCCUGAACCCAAAGGAAUGAAUCCCUAAUGGUGGAGUUUCAGGCAUCAGUGACAGGCUGAACCCGGACUCCCAGGGCCAGUGCUUACACCUGACAAACGAUGGCCUGAGCUAUGAGCAAAGAGGACUAUAUGAACACUUCAGUGCAAGAGCCCCCUCUUGACUACUCCUUCCGAAGCAUCCAUGUGAUCCAAGAUCUGACAAGCGAGGAGCCAAGAACAGGGCUACGACCACUAAGGCACUCAAAGUCAGGGAAGUCACUGACCCAGUCCCUGUGGCUGAACAACAAUGUCCUCAAUGACCUGAAAGAUUUCAGCCAUGUGGUUUCACUGCUUCUGGAGCAUCCAGAGAACUUGGCCUGGAUCGAUCUAUCCUUCAACGACCUGACUUCAAUUGACCCUGUCCUGACAACUUUCUUCAACCUCAGUGUCCUCUAUCUCCAUGGCAACAGCAUCCAGCGCCUGGGAGAAGUGAACAAGCUGGCUGUCCUCCCUCGACUCCGGAGCCUGACACUCCAUGGGAACCCCAUAGAGGAAGAGAAGGGGUAUAGGCAAUAUGUGCUGUGCACGCUGCCCCGUAUCACCACAUUCGACUUCAGCGGGGUCACCAAGGCAGACCACACCACAGCUGAAGUGUGGAAGCGCAUGAACAUCAAGCCCAAGAAGUUCCGGAUCAAGCAGAAUGCACUCUGAGGUUCUCAGGCCCCAGCAGUCCUGAGAGGAUGGUCAGUUUGGUUUAACAAUAAACGAUUUGAGCAGUUGA